GUUUUGUCAAGCUUAGGUUUCAUCGACGUUCAUUCCUUUCCUUUCCCUGAUCUUUCUGAUCAUCAUUUCUUAACAGAAUGCUGGGCCAACUCGUUGGAUCCGCCAUGCUCUUGGUCGCAACCGCGAUCUUUCUCUACUACACCGCGUGGACCCUGUUAAUGCCCUUUGUCGAUCCCGGCCACCCUCUCCACGAUAUCUUCCCACCCCGUGUUUGGGCCAUCCGGAUCCCCGUUAUCCUCACUCUCUUGGGCUCCGCUGUGGUGGGCACCUUUAUUGGAAUUGUGAUGAUCAACAGUAACAAGAAGAAGGCGGCCAAGGCCAAGGCCGCUAAGAAGAAGACCUAAGUGCAGCAUGGACGUCACAUCGGGGAGGAUUGCUGUACCAUUAUUCCGGAAGGAUCUCAAAACAUCUCAGUUACCUAAUCGCCUUUGAGCGCUUUGUCCAUGUUUUUCAGAUAAUCAGAUGGUCGACAAAGCCUAAUGUCUCAGCAAAUGACAAGUUGCCUUUUGAUCGUCAUUCCGUGAUGCCCCGUGACCUUGAAUCCGCGAUGACGCUCAGCCACAAAACAGGGAAGAGGGAUGAGACGGGUUGACUCGGCCAGUUCCUCUGUUGUCGGUUCCUUGGGUUCACUUGGGUUUUGAGCUCAUUAAGGCAAAGAAAGAGGCAAAGGAGUCCAAAGGAUGGCAGUCCAGCCCUGGUGGAGGCGUAAGAUGACUAAUCUCCUUAUCGUGAUUUGCACUGUUUGCCUUCCCCUCAUCAGCCCUGACAACCACAAGGGCCUUUGUAGUAACAGGAUUGGAGGGAUAAUAACUAUGUAGGAGAAUUAAGAGGGAACUCAGGGCUAGACUCCGAUCAUGCUCCAUUAGGGAAUGACAGCAUCAGCCCUCUCUGAUUCUGACUCAGGCACCCCUUAUUCCCCCG